GGACAUCGACACACAACAACUGGGUAUAUUUUAUGUAUAUCUCUAUGUCAGGGAAUCGCACGAAGACAUCAUGUCGGCGACUACUGGAACAAUCCCUCGACCGAGUAUUAAGAUUGGAGCAGGAGCGGUAGUGUGUGUCGAAGCAGAACUGAGAGGAGAUAUUACUAUUGGUCCAAGAACUGUUAUUCAUCCCCGAGCCAGGAUAAUUGCAGAAGCAGGCCCUAUUGUGAUAGGAGAGAGCAAUUUAGUAGAAGACCAAGUAGUCAUCAUCAAUAGAAAGCAGCCAGGGCAAGAGGCACCUGUCACCAUGACGAUAGGAGCAAACAAUGUCUUUGAAGUCGGCUCACGGUGUGAAGCUAUCCGUGUUGGUAACAAUAAUGUUGUAGAAUCAAAAGCUUUUAUUGGGAGAGAUACAGAGAUGAGCAACGGCUGUGUUAUAGGAGCUUUCUGCAAUAUCACCAGCCAUGAGAGACUACCAGAACACACUGUUAUCUUUGGUGAUGACUGCAGAAGAAGAUUACAGGCUGAUAAACCACAGGACUUGGACCAUGGUGCAGACGAAGACGUGGUCAAAGACUCAUACUCAAAUGGAUUGAUUAUUGGUGAUUGAAUGGGUUUGUACCACCUGCAGAGAGCAAGGACACUCUGACAUUAAAAUCAUCACUGAAACUUGGCUAAAAUUGUAUUAAAUAUGAUUAAAAUACACAGUUAAAUCAACAUUUCUUACAAACAAGUGUAGUUAAUUAUAGAGGAUCUCUAUUAUAAACAGUUAAAGUUAUCCUGAAAGUCAUUGGAAUUGUCUCAAUAUUAAAGGUUACUUUUGCUUUGCCUGAAGUGAUCAAAGCUCAACUGAUAUCCCAGCAUUCAAGUCAAAAGUGCACAAAGAUAAAGAUGUAACCCAUUUCUGCUAGCUGCUAGUGCCUGAUUGAAACUUUGAUCAUUAAGUGGGUCUCCAUGCAAAGACUAGUAUGGUGCACAUUCAGACCCUUCACUUGAGGGUUUGCACAGCAGACUAGCUAGCUGCUGCCAGUAGAGGCAAUACAAUGAAUUACAUUAUACUGGCUCAUCGUACCUAAAUACCAGCCACAUGCGUUGCUUGAUUUUGAUUUCCCUCUCUAUCUUUGACCUUGUUUAUACACUUUUAUUCUUAACAAUUUCCCCAGACUUGUCUCCUUAAUAAUAAUAAUAUCUCAUAUUUACCCAGGAUAGCCACUUCAGCUCUUAUGAAGCAUUGGGCCAUGCAUAACACAAUAUUUUAUUAUUACCCAUCUAAUAUGUUGAGUGCCUAGCUAAAUAGCAGAAGGUGAUGUUCCUAUUUUCAAAAGUCUUCAAAUGACUUGGCCAAGGAUAGAACCCAUGGCCUCCCAUGCACGAGGCAGGUGUUCUACCACUGAGCUGCAAUAUGCUCUACUCAAUAUGAUAUUCAAAUGUCAAUUUAUUUUAAAUUUACUUUUAAAUACGUUUUACAUUUUUGCAGUAUUAUAGUUAUUGUACACAUGGAAGUGAAGGGUUUUCUUAAUUUUUGCUAUACUUGUUGAUUUUUUUAACGCGUCUGUCAAUCUUUUUUGUAAAUAUCAAAUGUAAAUUCUAGCUGUGAUAACGAUGUCAAAAUAAGUUAUAUUUUUUAUACAUUAACAUAUUCAACUACUUUGUUUUGUAAUAAACAUGUGUAUGUAAUAAAUAGUUCUCUACCUAUAUAUAAGAAUGAUGAAGAAUAUUUAUUUCUCUUUCUUAGUAAAGAAGAAAGCUUGCUGACAUUAAGGCCUGGAAAAGAAUAUUAGCAAGAGAUUUGUAGUCUUAUUCUAGGUAAUAAAUCUUUCAAAAAAGCACCCGGGAAACUAGAGUUACAGGUAGCUUGAUGUAUCUUGUUAUCCUGACUAAUCUAUUUGUGAUUAAUUACUUAUAAAACCCUGGGUUUGGUUUUAGGAAGCAAACAACAGGAUAUUUAAGCACUUUUUUUCACCACUUAUAAUGUUUUUAUGAAAACCAAAGUGUCUGUAUAUGAAUGAUUUAGAUGUGAGUUGGCUUACAAGGGCUAUAUUUCUUUUUUUGUAGGAAUUUAUGAUAUGCCGUCAAACAAUAUUUUAAUGUCAGCCAUUGCAGAGGAACAACAGUACUGUACUUUGUUCAAUACUGCCAUCUUGUGGUCAUUAUGUGUACAUUGAAUAACCACUUUUCACUAUGAAAUAUUCACUGUUCAUAUCACAUGUUGUGUGAAAGUCUAAGAGGUUUGCCUAGUCUGUAUACUGUUCACCAAAUAAUCUUCCUCUCUUUAAUUUCUUUCCCCACAUCAUAUUUCAAAAAUUUGAUAAUGUGUCAAAAUGUUAGAGGCAUUUUGCAUUUUACUGUUUGAUUACUUAAGGCCGAAGAUAAUUAGACAACUGCCAUAUAUCUAUAUAUUUUUCUGGUUUUCCUGAACAAAGUGAUGAAAGUCUAAUAAUCCCCCUUUUUGUGUAUCAUAUCAUAGUCAGUAUCAUUUUGAUUGUGGUAAUGUAGAAUCUAACACUGACAAGUCAAAAUAUGAAUGAAAUUAAAAAGAAUCAAACAGAUGAUAAGAUUAGAUCUAAAUAUGAUUAUUGAUGAAAAUUGGUAACAAAAUGGAAUUCACAAUUUCAUCCAAAUGUUUCAAGGGUCCCUAGAAAAUUAGACUUCAGCACAUUCAUGCUUUACUCUGAUUCUUUUGUAACAUUUAGAGUAUGUUUUUCUGUUUUGAAGAUGAUGUGAAUAUAAUAAUGAGUAUGGAGUAUGAAUGAAUAUUUUGCUCAGUGUUGUAUUCCUUAUCUGAUAUUUCUAUGUAGAUCCAUUGUUUGUUCAAUAUUUUUUUUUACAUGUCCCUCAGAUAUUAAAUAUAUUAGUAUGAGAAUCUUCUUUAAUAUAAAGUAUCUGUUCUUUCUACAAUACUAACAUUGCAAAGGAGUCUUUUGAUAUAAAGUAAGUUAAAAUGCUUGUAGAAUGUCUAUAUUUCAAAACUCCUCAAUACAGAAAUUUGCAGGAUUGCAUUUCCUUAGAAGCAGAUCGACUGAAAUAUCUACAGAAAUAGCGGUAAUAUUCAUUUUGAUAGUUUAAGGGUGCGAGUCUCUCAUUUGAUUCUCAUUAUGCAUUCAAAUGGAAAGUGAAGUUGUGAAAUGCAACUAUGCGUCAAUGAUUUGAGUUGAUUGUGGUAAGGCAACUUGAUGUUAUGAAAGAAUUCUUUUUUAACUGUGCCAGAUGUAAAUGAACAUCAAAGCAAUAAAAAUGGUUGGAUUUG